GCAGGAAAGUUCAUCAUCAGCCAUCAACCAUGAAGGUUCUUAACUACCUCCUGGCCUACCGAAGGUUCCUGCUCAUUGUCCUCACCCCACUGCUUUUACUUCCACUCCCACUCAUCAUCAAAACCAAAGAAGCAGAAUGUGCAUACACACUGUUUGUAGUUGCCAUCUUUUGGCUCACAGAAGCUUUGCCGCUGGCUGUUUCAGCUUUGCUUCCUGCAUUUAUGUUCCCACUGUUUGGUAUAAUGGAAUCCAAGGAGGUGGCAUCUGCUUAUUUUAAAGACUUUCAUCUGUUGCUGAUGGGAGUAAUUUGUUUGGCAACAUCGAUAGAAAAAUGGAAUUUCCACAAAAGAGUGGCUUUGAGAAUGGUGAUGUUAGUGGGUGUCAACCCCGCAUGGCUUACACUGGGUUUCAUGGUGAGCUGUAGUUUCUUGUCGAUGUGGCUCAGCAACACCUCUGCGGCUGCCAUGGUGAUGCCGAUUGUAGAGGCAGUAGCUCAGCAGAUCACCACAGCUGAUGCAGAAGCUGACAUGCUGGAGAUGUCCUACUCUAACGGCUCCACCAACCUGGCACUGGAGCUUGACGAAAAUGUAGGAGAAUGUGAAAACAGUGACUGGACAGAGAAAGGCAAACAAGUUAAUGGAUAUGACAACGAUAUGAGUAGUACUGUGUGCACAAUUGAAAAGGAAAAUGAAAAAGAAAAGGAACAGAACCUACCACCUGCUGAAACAGGGAGAAAAAGCAGAGAGGACAAAUACAGUGGGAUUUUCAAAGUGAUGUGCUUAUGUAUUGCUUAUUCUGCUACCAUUGGAGGGUUGACAACAAUCACAGGAACAUCGACUAAUUUGAUUUUUGCUGAGCACUUCAAUACACGUUAUCCAGAUUGCAAGUGCAUCAACUUUGGAUCCUGGUUUAUCCUUUCUAUCCCCAUCACAGUCGUUAUUCUGGUGCUCUCUUGGGUCUGGCUCCAGUGGCUUUUCCUUGGGUUUGAUUUUAAAAGCAUGUUCAAGUGUGGCAAGAAAAAAACAGCUAGAGAAGAGGCCUCGGCAAAGGUGAUUCAGGAAGAAUACAAAAAGCUUGGACCAAUGAGCUACCCAGAAAUCGUUACGCUUAUCCUAUUCAUUUUAAUGACCCUGCUGUGGUUUACCAGAGAACCUGGCUUCAUCCCAGGAUGGUCUUCACUAUUCCCAAAGUACAAAGGCUAUGCUACGGAUUCAACAACUGCCCUAGUGAUUGGCCUCCUGUUCUUUAUUAUUCCUGCAAAAACAUUGUCUAGGACUUCAAAUGGAGAAAGCACUGCUUAUGGUUACACUCCACUGAUUACUUGGAAGGAAUUUCAGUCAUGCAUGCCCUGGGAAAUAGCUAUUCUUGUUGGUGGCGGGUUUGCAUUGGCAGACGGCUGUGAGGUUUCAAAACUGUCUGCCUGGGUAGCAAGUAAAUUGACCCCCCUAGGAUCACUACCCCUGUGGCUAAUUAUCCUGAUAUCAUGCCUUAUUGUCACUUCCGUAACAGAAGUUGCCAGCAAUCCAGCCACCAUUACGAUAUUUUUGCCUAUAUUAUCUCCUUUGGCUGAAGCCAUUCACGUGAACCCACUCUUCAUUUUGAUACCUGCCACACUAUGUACUUCUUUUGCAUUCCUUCUUCCAGUAGCAAACCCAGCCAAUGCCAUUGUGUUUUCAUACGGUCAUUUAACUGUAAUGGAUAUGGUGAAAGCUGGUUUGGGCAUUAACAUCAUUGGAGUUGCUGUUGUUAUGCUUGGAAUUAUGACAUGGAUAGUGCCUAUAUUCGAUCUCUAUACUUACCCAAGUUGGGCACCAAUCAUUUCUUCAAACAGCACAGGGUUGUAAAAAACAAACUAACAAACAACACACCACCACAAAACGUGGGGAUUGGUUUGGAUUGUUUUUGUUUCUUUUCUGUUCCACUGGCAUGUGGUGAGUCACUUAAAAUGCUUUUUGUCACCAUAACAAUAGGGAUCCCCAUUAGUGUAAAUGCCUUAUUCCACAGUCCAAGAGACUGAUGAUCUGUUCUGAGAGUCUAAUCAGGAAGAAUGUUAGACUUUCUAAAUAUCAUCAAGUCAGAUCAAGUUUCUAAUAUAGUUCAGCUAGUCUGAACAUUUAUAUCUUCAUGUUAUGAAGGAAAAACUAAAUGUACAUAGCUAUUGUCACUGGCAGUUUGCCCCCAUGCUCAGGGUAGAGAAAUAAUGAGAUUUAGAUGUUAUUAUUUCAAGUGUCUAUUCUUACUAUGACCCCUGGUGACAUUUGGGUUUUGUCCAAGAACAUACUGUUUUUCUGUUUUCUAGAUUCAAAUGCUAUUUGAAAUGGUGUUGAUCAUAAAAAAAAAUCAGGUUGGGGAAUUGUUUUGAACGUAUGGUUUACAGACCUGUCAAAUGUGCAAAAAAGGGAGGAGAGCAGCAUGGUCACUUAGACAGCACUUUAUCUGUUAAGCACCUUGUAAUUUGGAAGGAGAAUAUAUACUUAAGCAUAUGUUUAAAAUCUACCUCCUUCCAGGACCUCACUGAAACACGUCAUAGUUGUAUAUGUUGUCUAGAAUUUUCCUGUAUAAACAUGAAUUGAUAGAUCUGAGUUGAUCAAUAUGAAUGGAGACUAAAUUCUCAUCAUGCUUCUCUGUCAAAAGUAGAGAUAUAUCCUCCUGGUGAAUGAAAGCACAAGACAGAGUGCUGAAGAUGUAACGCUCAAUUCAUCAAACAAGACUGUAGUGCAUCUUCACCAGGAGGUGCAUGACCUCUACAGGACAGGUUUAAGGAUUCUAGUGUAUGAAUUUUAGAAACAAAAAAGUGCAAUGUAGUCAAAAGAAGCUUGCAGUUCAGAGAUAUCUUCAGCUACUGAAAUUGUAUAUAACUGUUGUAUGUUUUCACAGUAAGGACUAUGGAGUUGUUUUUUCCACCUGUUGGGAGGACACAUGACAAUUUGUAAAGAGUGUUUAGUUAAUAGUGUGAACCAUAUUUUCAUGUAUUUAGGUUGGGUCAUCCCUUGGGGAACCUCAGUGACGGAUGAAAGCCUUAAUCUGUCUUUUAUAGAUCCUGUAAAUUAUUGAUUUUUCCUACCAAAAAAAAAAAAAAAGCCCCUCCCAAAAAAAAAGCUUUAGUUUUUUGAUUAGAUAUUUUACUUUUUUAUGUUUAUUUUUGUUAGUGUGCAUUUAGAGUAGAGAUAUCAGCCAUGCUGUCUAUAAUGCCAGAAUACUAUGUAUAGGAUUGUUAUAUAUAGUUUCUUCUAUUAGCUACAGGUUGCAGGUUCAGCUGCGAUGAAUUAUUGGAGUGAAGACGCACUUUCUCUUAAUGAUGAUGGUUCUGUGUACUAAUUGUUAUCUGUACGUGCCAUUACACUUUGCCAACAUGGCUGAAGCUGCUAUCUCUUUAGGAUGGCUAACUUCUUUCUUUUCUUUUUUGUACUUUUUGUACAGUGCCUAGCAAGAUAGGGCUAUGUCAAUGACUAGGCCAAUCAUGAGCUGCCACUGUGUGAGUGUUAAUUGAUACACUGCAGUAAUAAUUAUGGUCACAGAUAUGCAACACCUAUCUAAAUGAAGCCUCACCCAGUACUAUAGGAGAAUGUAUAUGCAAAUAGCUAAUCAAAGACAUAGGUUUUACUGUGUCUUCGCAGAAGGAUGUGCAGCACAGAAACAAGGAGUUCAUGGUUUAUAUAGUCCCUUGAUCCUGAUGGCAUAGAGAAGAAAACCAGCUGAGACAGUGUUCUUACUAUAAGGUUCCCAGGUCUUACAUUUCCAAUUGAGUCAAUAAUUUCCAGAUUAUUCAAGAGCAUUGGAAACAAUGAAUCAUAGAAUAUUUCCUGUGGGAGGGACCUCUGAGGACCAUCUUGUCUGACCUCAGUCAAAGCAAGGUUAGCACUGAGUUUGGGUUGCUCAGGGAUUUGUCUAGUCACAUCUUGAAAACCUCCAGCAUGGAGACAGCAGGGCUACCCUGGGUACUUCAGUGCUUUUCUGUCCUCUUGGUGUAUAUUUUUUGUCUUUAAACAAAUGAACAAACAUACUGUAUUCGUUUUAGUAUUCAUUUUGUGGAAUAGACUUUUUUUUCCCUGCCUUUUAUUUGGGAAAUAAUAUUUUCUAUGGGAAAAAAUGCUUUUUAUUUUUUUCACAAAACAUAAGGGUAGGGGAAAGUCCUCUUUGUGGCUUGGCAUUCACUACUCUCAGUGAAAGUGGUAUUUUCAGCCUCUCCUGGUCUGCUCUGCAAGGAAUUGACAGUAUUUUAAUCAUGUGACAACUGCUAUUCAGCAAGAGGAAAUUUGUUAAGUGCUUAUGAGCUGUCCCUGGUUUUGUUAAUGUUAAGAAUACAAAACUGACUGUUGUAACCUCAGCCUUGAAUGUACCAUUGAGGCCCACAGAGGUCCACAAAUGCACUGUGCUAUUAAAUUGUGCUUUGACACCUGUAUUCUCUCUUGAAAUUGUGUAUCUUCAUGGAAGAAACUAAUCAUUUUGAACCAUUGAAGAGAACUCUGCAGAAGUUAUCAACUCUGUAGUAAGUGACAUUGUUUUCAGCAUAAGCUGAAGCUCAGUUUGUGCUGGAUAAUUCUCAGCCAUUCCUUUGCUCUACUUUUUGGUUUAUUCGUAGGAUCAUAGACAAUAUGUUGAGAAAGACCCAUGUGUAAAUCUGAACUCCCACAUAAUGCAGACCACAGAAUUUCCCUAAACUAAGUAAUUUUUUUCAGGAUCUACCAGAUCCUGAAAAAGAUUCUUGCUUUGUAAAAAAGAAAGAUUUAAAUUAUUUAAUGAAGAAUGCACUUUAAAAACUAUUUUUGCUACAAUCUGUGUACAGAGUAAAUUAUGUGCAAAGAGAGAAGGAAGGGAUUUAUAAAGUAAUGAAAGUUAAAGUUGUUUGCUGUGCCAUGUGUAUUUAUAAGUUACCAAAAUGAAAUGCAGAAUUAUAAAUAAACUGUCAGUGACCAGCAUAUUAACUGUCACAAUAUGAUAAACUAGUGACAAAAAUGAAAUGAUUGAGCAUGAGGUUUUUGACAGAUUGUAUGCUGUAUGCAAACCAGUCAUGAAUAAACAAGUUGGUAGUAGUGGAAAGGUAGUGUUUCACUAGCAUUUUUUUCUUGUUUUGCUAAAACUGUAAGGAAUGGGUCAGACACAAUCUUUGAGCUAAGCUGACAUUAUUGCUAACUUAUUUUUAAACCUUCUAAGGACCUUUUUACGUCAAAAUUAAGAUCUCUGCAGAGCAGAGAUUAAUACUGAUGGAAAUUCCUCACCUGAGAGUGUUGAGAUGGAGGAAAAAGGAGCUCAGAAGGCUUGGCUCUUGGUACCCUGUGGGUGGCUUUGGCUCUGCGUGCAGACACAGCAUGCCAUGCUGGCUGUGUGCUCCUUCCCGGCACUGUGAGAUUCCUUGCUUUGCCCAGAGUUUGUCAGUAUUGUGGCAAGUGGUGGAAAUGCAUCUACAAUCGUUUUAAAAGUUGAUUAAUAUACGAUGACUGCAUCAACUAUUUGUAAAUUGCUUUGUGCAUAAUUUCCAUAUAGAAUAUUGUAUUUUUUCUUUGUCUCAGAUGAGUCUAAUUAGACAAUUGUAUUAUUACAUAAGUAAUAUUUAUGACAUACUAUUUAUUUUGUGGUCUCAUUCCUACUGAAUUAAAUGAAGCCUUUGUCAUAUACUUCAUCAGGGGAGAUGUGCCAGGUCUCUGUUCCCCUUUCCUAUGGCUGUACAAUAUCUAAUAUAUUUUCACUUUGCUUUUGGAGGAUGUGUUUUUAGAUUACUAGUAACCGCAAAACAAGUACACCCUGGAAAAAGCUUCUGCACUGUUCCAUUACUACACACAUCAGUCAGAUCAAUCUUGCAGUGUAAAUUCCCUAAUGUACUUUUAAAAUGAAGUACCUGUGUUUGUUUACUAGUUUAAAGCAACCGGGUCUGUAGCCUGAGGGCUGGCUGAGCAGCAGUGCAGCAGCAGCUCCAGAAGGGUGGAGUGAAAAAACACACACCACACUUUACCCUUUUUUUCAAUUUUUUGAUUAGGUGUAGAUACCAAGACAGUUAUCAUACUAAUUACAACAAUCUAAAGACUGCUGUAUCCUAUGUGCAGCUGCUGGCAGGACCCAAAGGCUGUUUCUGUGGUUAGUGAUCCCUUAAAUACAGAGAAGUCCAUUCCUGCCACCUCUCCUGUCCUGCUGCUGGCAGCCCACACGGAUGCCAGCUGCCCUGAUGGAGUCACGCUGCUGCCCACAGCAACUUGGGGCUGGGGAGAUUCCCCAGAGGCCAGGUCUGCACAGAUGUCAGAUUACUUUGCAGCUGCCUGGUGAUAAAUGAUAACUAAGUUAUCAGCUUAGUUCUUUGUCUGUGCAAAGUUGAUGUCAUGAUUUGCGUUUUUUAACAAUUAUCAAACUCUUUGUCAGUGCUAUGCUUUAAUACUUUUGCAUUGUGCUCUUGGAAGCUGUUGUAUGUUCCUUUACCUGUGCAAUGUUCAAUUGCUGUAUGACAUUUCUUUACACGACUGAUUUCCUAUUUUUAAAAUAAGUAUUUCCCAAAUGCUGUACAGUCUAACAUUUAUUUUGUGAUAAAUUAGCAGGAUCUAAAACUGUGGUGUGUGAAGAACGGUUGUCUUUCAAUAAAAGUGCCUGAGAUUUCUUAAA